AUGAAAACUUCUAUGGGGUUAUCGCCCUUUCAAUUGGUGUAUGGAAAAGCAUGUCAUUUGCUAGUUGAAAUGGAGCACAAAGCUUGGUGGGCUUUGAAGUUUUUGAAUUUUGACCCUGAUAUGGCUCAAAGCAAACGAAGCAACCAACUGCUAGAGCUUGAAGAAAUGCGGCUGCAUGCCUACGAGUCAUCCAAGACUUACAAAGAUAAGGUGAAAUUUUAUCAUUACAGGAAGCUGAUUAAGAGAACUUUCCAUCCAGUGGAUUUGGUUCUAUUAUUCAACUCACGGUUAAAGUUGUUCCCCGGGAAGCUGAAAUCAAAAUGGUCAGGACCUUUUGUGGUGAAAUGUGUAUUUCAAAGUAGAGCAGUGGAAUUAAAGAAUUCAAAUGAUGAUGAUCAACAAAGGAGAUGGAUAGUGAAUGGCCAAAGGCUCAAACAUUAUGUGGGAGGAGAUGUCAAGCAAUUCGCCUCAGUUAUAAUGUUGUUGGACCCAUGA